UUCGCGAAACCAAAACAAAACAACGUUUUCGAGUGAUCGCGCCGGUACAGAUUUAAAUUCCUCCUGUACGUAGCUGUUGUAAUUUCCCGAAAAGUCCACCCCCGGUUCCACCCAAUGCAGUGUGCCGUGCCCAGCUGUCCGGGGUGGGAGAAGCGACUGGUCCCGUUUCCGCAGAACCUGGUGCUGCAAAGUCGCUGGAAGCGAGCCAUCGAAGCCGGAACGGGCCUCCGCAUACCGACGUAUCACUGCGGGGCGCUUUGCUCGUGGCAUUUCGGUGACGAUCAGACGAGAAGCGCCGCCGGCGAAUAUUGGGAACCGUACCGGUUCCUGCAUCGAAAAGGUAAGCCCGUAGAAGUCGGCAGUUGUCGGUUCUGUUUAAAGUUUGCCGACCGACAAAACAUGGUUUCCGACGAAGCAAUGCUGAACAACGAUGAUCUGGUGCGGUUGGUGCGAUAUGCGCUAAAGAUCGACUUGACCGCCGAUGACAUUCUGAAGGAUGUCUGCAAAGAAUGCGAAUCGAAGGUCAAAGUUGUGGACAAAUGGCUGAAGGGCAGUAGGAAAACUGAAACGGAAUACCGAGCAUUGGAGUUUGCUAGGAAGAAAAUUGCUUUUCAACCAGUUAGGACAAAAGUUGUCAAGGAUAAACCUCCAGUUGCAUCGGAGGCCCCUAUGGCUGUCAGCUUGGAAGUUGAAUUUAUGGAGACGAAAGUUGAAGAUCCUGAAGAUGAAUACGAACAAGAACAGACGAUUGCCCAGAUGGAACCCACCGUAGAGAGUGGCGAUACAAAUGAAGAUCAUGAUUAUGCGAUGGAAGAAAGAUUGAACGACUCUUUUGGAAAUGCUCAUGUGGUGGUGAGUGAAGAAAUAAUCACUGUAAGGCCUCUGAUACCUGUAGUCAAGAAGUUCAACUUUCCGCCUAAUACCCACAGUAAACGCGGUCCUCAAAAACGUGCAAAACCCAAAGAUACUGGUCAGCAAAUGAAGUACCGAGAGUACCUGAGUAAGAAAUGCCACAUCUGUGAUACCGUUCUGGACAGUCCGGAAGACCUAGUAGCCCAUCUGACACAGAAGCAUUGCAGUGGAUCUCCCUAUAAAUGCACCGAAUGUGGAAAGUCCUUCAAGCUGAUCACUUCCUACAAUCGUCAUCUCGGAUUCCACGACCAAAGCAACAGACCGCUCAAGUGUUGCUAUUGUCCCAUGGGUUUCAAGUACAACUACAGCCUGCUGAACCACGAAAACCGACAACACGGGGCCAAACAUCAAAUCGCCGCAAAGAAGAAACCCACCGAAAAGGCAUUCCAGUGCACGAAAUGCAACAAAGCCUUCAAGACGAACUACGACCUGCUGGAUCACGAUCGAUACAUCCACCAGCAACUUCCCGGCACAACCUGCAAACUUUGCGGCAAGCACUUCCGGAACCGGUCGUCCCUGCGGAAACACCACCUGGUGCAUACCGGAGAUCGACCAUACGAUUGUCCGCACUGUGACGCUGUGUUUCGCAACACCACCAGUCUGGUGCGGCACGUUGCCCACAAUCACAAGGGAAUGGAACGGAUCGACCCCGGAGACAUCGUAGAGGAAGAACCUGAAGAGCAGGAUCAUACCGAGUACAAGUGUGCCAUUUGCAACGAGGAGUUCGUGACGCAAGCCGAGUUGGUGCAGCACAUCAAUGUAACACACAUUGGAUCCGUUUAGGCCGUUAAAGGUAACUGAUUAAACAAGUAAAACGGCUAUAAAAAAAACUACAAC